UACAUAUUUGCUUUAAGCUGAGAAGCCGCAUCGUCAUCGUCCCAUCAUCUUCUAUUUCCAUUCUUAUUUCUAUUUCAAGAGAAUUUGCAGAUACCUUCGCUUUUGCCCUUCUUACGCUUUUUAUAUAAAACCCUCAACAUCGCCCUAUUCAAAUCCACACCUCUUCUUCUUCUUCCUCCUCUCUCAACUAACCUUCUUACUGAUUCGCCCAUUAAGUUUCGCUUGAGGCAUUAGAAGAAGAAGACUGUGCUGAAGCAUAAACCUGGCCAUGGAACAUCAGUACGUUGAAGAGACGUUGAUCCAAAACAACAAUUCAUUACGAGGAAACAAAUUAUGUUUAGACAACCAAACAUGUAUUUCAGAUGCUGAUGAUGGAGCUUCCCAUGGCUUUGACUGCAACAUAUGCCUAGACUCAGUUCAAGAUCCUGUUGUAACACUUUGUGGUCAUCUCUUCUGUUGGCCUUGCAUUUAUAAAUGGCUUCAAUACAAGAACUUAUCUGCGCAGCAACAAUGCCAACAAGCAGAAUGCCGUUGUCCUGUUUGCAAGGCUGAAGUCUCCCACACGACUCUCGUCCCAAUCUACGGAAAAUUUCAGACUAUAAAUCCCUCCAAAGCUAAAGCACCAUCAAAUCUUGGCCCAGCCAUCCCACGCAGGCCACUUGGCCGUGCCUGCGGGACAGAGGCACCAGCAUCUCCAAGUCCCCAACUUCAUCCCCGCAACUAUUCUCCUCAGUCAAACUCAUACUAUUCACGAACACAGAACAACUACAUCGCUUCGUCGAUGCUCAGCUCAAGUAGUAUCACAACAAACAUCAUCCAUCCAGUGAUCGGAAUGUUCGGUGAUGCGAUUUACACAAGAACAUUCAGAAACACAACACCAAACCUAUACACUUAUCCAAAUUCAUAUGGUCAUGUGAGCAACAGUAGUGUAAGACUGAGGAGGCACAUAAUGCAGGCUGAUGAGUCGCUGAGCAGAAUUUGUUUCUUCUUGUUUUGUUGCUUAGUUAUAUGUCUUCUAUUAUUCUAAUUAGCUCCCUUUAGAUCAUUUCUAGCCAUUGGAUGUAGAUACACAUAUAGCAUGUAAUUAUGAGCUUAGUAUAAAAAGGGGUACAGAUUUCCUUCAAUCUGUUUCAUGGGAUUGGUGGAUUCGCUAUAAUGAAAAUUAUUUUAUGUGGCAA